AUGGACACUUCGUCAACUGGUGAUCUGGUGAAAGAAUUGCAUGACGAUCUUACUCGAAAAUAUACAACCCACGUUGUCAAGGUUGAGAAUAUCUGGCGAUCACUGAACAAACUCCAGCGAGCGAGAUGUCUCAAAGCCGGCGCAGCAGACGGUGCCGUGCUGAAGCACCCAUUCGAUACGUCUUUGGGCAAUGUGUAUAAAUUCGUACCGGAGUUGAAUCUACGCGAUAUCACAGAGCCUGGUUCAGACUUCCUCUUGGAUCUUCUCAAAUAUCGGGCCACGAAGUCCCUCUUCGAACAGUACUGUGUUGGCAUCAAUGGUGGACCAGGAGAUCGUGCCUUCAUCCAUGAGAUGAUGGAAAAGAAAGGUCUCCGCCACACUCAAACUUUCAAGGAUUGCCACACCUUUUUCAUGGAGGAACAAUACGGGAGCUCUAUCAGAAUUAUGGCCGAACACGCUGAGACCCUUGCUGAUUUUGCGCCCGUCAUCCGGGCUGGCCUCUGUAUUCCUCAGGCGACUGGGGAAUUGAUUCUACAAAGGCAAAUCUUUCUGUUGCAGUCCCUCACGAUCCUCAUCGAUGAUAUUCUAGAAGAGGGUUCGAAAACGAGAAGUCGAAAGGAGCCGCCGACGAAAUCUAGCACAGCGGCGACGGCAGCGCUUUCUAAACUCGCUCUCGAAGCACCAGCAGUGAAGCUUGAGCUUCCAGAUCUAGUCUCCAGCGCUCGCAAUCAAAGAGACACCUUCGAAGAGGACCUGAACAUACUCUGUACGGAGCCUGUUGUGCUUGCACAUGUGGUCAAUUUUUGGUACUUCAGUCGGCCAGAUCUCGUCGCAGACGAGAAAGGGCGCCGAUUGCCGGUUCACACCGACAAAUUCAUCAGUGGUGCAGUUUUCGACGCAAUUCAGAGUGCAAUCGAGAGAGCGGCGAUCUGGAAGUACAUUGAUCGUCUCCUCGAGCUUCUCGGAAGCCUUGUCGCCAACAAAGUCUAUCGGGCUAUUGUUCUUCAAGAGAUAUCCAACAUCUGUCAUCUGGAAUACAGCCGUGCCCAGUCCAUCUUCAAGCGCAAUAUCCAGACGGGUUUGGGCACCAAGUGGUUCAAGCGGACCGCAAGCACUUACGACAAUGCUGGCAACGCACGUGUUACCAUGAAACGCAACCCGGAAGACUUGACCAGGAGCGAUCCUCAACUUCAUUUCGUUCUGCGUCUCUGCCAGCCUGAUACAAAUGCUGUCAAGGCCGUCGACUGGAUCAACAAACUGAGUAAGCUUCAUGAAACAUACCCUACGGAACGGGAGAAAUUAUGUGACCGCGAAGCGAGCUCGCUAUGUGAUCUAACGGUCAUUAUCGGAUUCAUCCGAGAUCUAUCUUCGGCAAUCCCAGUGCCCUCUCUCUCACGCAAGAAGGGACAGUUGUUUGUGUCUAGGUCUCAGGAGCUAGAGCGUGAGUUGAGUCUUCUCAAAAAGCAAGUUGACCUACGCGAUUUUGCGGUUCCCAUUGACAAUCUCCUGGAGCCUAAUAUGGCAGAAAACGCCUUGAAAACUCUGGAUCAAUUCAUCAUCGAUCAGGCUGGCACAAAGAUGGGAUUCAUGUACCAGGAUUUGGUCGACGACUGCUUCUCUGAUCUCGAAGCCCAGUACGAGCGGGAAAGGGCCAAAUUGGAGCAGAAGAGUAAACCUGAAGUGGUAAUACUCCCAAUGUCGACUCCUCAACAGCCAGAGGAGCGAGUGGAACAACGGAGGCAAAAGGAGAAGACCCGCCCAUCGCAUUCGUCCAGCUACGAAAUCGCACCGAGCGCGGAAUCCCCUGUUGCGGAAGAGCUAGCGACGUCAUCACAGAGGUUCAAAGUGGGAUCAUCUACCGCCGAAGUCUUCUCGACAAUCUUCGCAAAGUCGGAGGCCCGAGGUUCCGUAAGCUGGGCAGCUUUUGAAGCUGCGAUGGCGGACCUGGGAUUCUCGGUGUUACCCAAGUUUGGUUCGAUCUACACUUUCUGCCCCCCAGAGACCAUGACGGUGAAGAGGUCGUUGACACUACACCGGCCGCACAAAUCCCGAAUCGAAGGAUACCUUAUUCUUGUCUUUGCGCGGAGGUUGAAGAGAGUGUAUGGAUGGGGUGAGCAGACGUUUGAGACAAUUUGA